AGACGGGUCGAUGGUUGUAUUACACUAGAUUGUCGCUAAAUCACCAAAAGUAAUCAGAUUCCUUCGCCCCACUAGACUUGCCCAGGCCAGUAAUGAGCUAGGCAUUACAAGGGCUUACAUACAUAUUAUUAAUAGACGAAGUUAACCAUCUAUAAGCCUUAAGGCUUAACCUCUAAGCUUUCAUCAUUACUGAUCUCUUUCAACUGCCUAUCUAUUGAUCCGAAGACGACAUGUUACAAUUCCUAGGGCCUUCGGGCCCUCCCAUCACAUCAUUUAUCAUGAGAGGCAUUGGGUACUUAACCCUAGCUAGCUUGCUGUUCUUCUUUUUUUGCUUGUAUCAAGCUCGGAUGAUGUUUCGGCGAGUUCAAAAACAACAUGGAAUUUAUGUAUAAAACAAGUCCUAAUAUCCAAAAAUCUACUACAUAAGACUAUAGUAACUAAAAUAUAAUAGUAAAAUCCCACGAGACGGUCAUGGCCAAUGGAUGUUUCUUUACAUCAAGCAAGAAUACCCUGAGAUUGCAAACCAGGGUAUUGUUUACAUGGACGUAUGGCCGAUUGGCUACCCGAUGCUUGCGGUCUAUCAUCCCAAUAUGAUGGCGCAAUUCAUUCAGGAAAACAGCCUCCCUAAAUUCUGGGCUAUGCCUCAAGUUGAAUUCAAGGGCUUCACCGGAGGUCAAGACCUGGUGAAUUUAGACGGCCUAGAAUGGAAAAAGGCUCGAGGCCUAUUUAAUCCUGGCUUCUCAACGAAAAAUCUAUUAUCUCUCGUCCCUGAUAUGAUAGAGGAAGUAUUAAUCUUCCGAGAACGACUUAGGAAAGUUGCCGCUACUGGAGAAGUUAUAAAGCUCGAAGAUUAUACCACUAAUAUAACCGUCGACAUAGUUGGGCGCGCUGUACUGGGAACGCGUUUACAAACGCAGAUUAAGCCAAAUCGCUUGAUGGAAACAAUGAAAUCUCAGUUAAGUCUAAUAUAUUUUGGGCUCGACCUUCCCAAGCAACUGAAUCCAAUUCUUCCGUUGAAAAACUGGAUAUACAAUCGUAUGAUCCGCAACGAGUUGACGCCUUACAUUCUCAACACGGCUCAAAAUUACGAGAAAAUUGAAGGGCCUAAAACUAUUGUCGCCCUAGCUCUAAAUGAAUACAUAAAUGAGGUACAAGAUUACACCGCAAGAGGAAAUAUCCCAUCUGAGUUUGUUGGACGGGUUAUCAAACAUAUCAAGAUCUUCAUGUUCGCCGGACACGAUACUACUGCUACGGUUCUUGCGUAUAUAUACUACAUGCUUAGCAAACAUCCGGACAAAGCAGCUAAGAUACGUGCCGAACACGACGAAGUAUUAGGUACCGACCCAGCUGCCGCUGCUAGCUUGAUUAGAGCUGAUCCUACAUUGCUAAAUAAGUUGCCGUACACGAUGGCCGUCCUCAAGGAAACACUCCGUCUAUUCCCGCCUGUAGGUGGCAGCAUCCGUCAAUCGCCGCCGGGGCACUUCCUUACGCAUCCCGAAACUGGGGUCCGCUAUCCAACAUACGGCUUCAUGAUGCAUUCAUCUGCAGCAACGGUAUUGCGUGAUCCAGAAUACUGGCCCGACGCUGACUCGUUCAUUCCGGAGCGAUUUAUGACGCAUGAUGAGAGCGAUCCCUUACACCCAGUGAAGAACACCUGGCGACCAUUCGAGAUGGGACCUCGGAAUUGCAUUGGUCAGGAACUGGUUUUUGUAGAGGUGCGGCUGAUCCUCGCCCUGACGGUACGCGAGUUCGAAGUCGAAGAGACUUACCCAGCAGAUGCACCCUCGUGGAUGGGCUUCAAAGCGUACCAGAUCACUAAUCCGGAAGUUAUUUCCACGGCUCAUCCCAAGGACGGUCUUCCCGUAAGGGUCAAGUCCAGGAGCUGAGGUGAUUAGACUAGAUCAUUUUUAUAUCGUGUAAAAAAACUAGCAUCUCUUCGUGUACAUAGUGAAUUAUUCUAUCCGCAAUACAUUGAAAGUUAAUGAUUU